AUGGAAAUAGACGAAGCCGACCUCGUCGACUUCCCUCUUGACGCUCUAUCUGCCUUGUCCGACGACGUCGUGGGCGUAGCAUGUACCCAAGGCGUCAAAGGUCGCCUUACUCACCUCGCUUUCGCAACACCGACACACGUCCUAUGUAUCCGUAUGCCUGGCCCUGCAGCGACGUCCAAGCCAAAGAAAGGCAAGCAGACAAACACCCAACAGCGUCCGAUAGGCCGCGACGUUCUCCGGAGGAUGCUCCUACACAGCACGGAGCACCGUAAAUUCGCACUCGACAUGCAUACGCUGGCGCUUGCACUAUACUAUGAUUACCAGCUUACGCUCGUCGAGGCCGUGGACCUGAAGUCCGUGCAGGGUGGUGAUCGACGGGCCCUCGACACACUCAUGAAUUUGUUGGGCGGUGAGCCGAAGGUGUACAAGUCAUCCGUCGCCGACCAUUUCAAGGGGAGGGCCUUCGCGGCCGGUGGCACUGACAACCUCGCUAUGCGUGCGUGGGCUGCCUGCCAGGCCGGGUCAAUGCCUCACUUGAUCGCGAAACUCAAAAGUGCCGCGUUGAUCAAUACGACGUUGGUUCCGGUCCCACACUUGCAAUGGCUUGCGAAGUUUGCUCGAGUGGCAUGGCGCUUGUAUAUGCUCAAGCCAACCAGGGUGAAGAACGACGUCGUUGGUGAUUUCGAACAGAAGGAAGGCCAGUUACAUGUUGGGCAGGCGCGUUUCAAGACACGCAUGCGGGUUGAUCACUCUCUCGUGCUUGUGCUUAUGAGCGGCUUGCAGAUUGUGCAGAUAGAGUACGGCGCAAAGAACAGUCCUGUAAAGACCGUAAUGGGACGCACAUUCGAUGUCAACGGUAAAACUGCAAAGAUCAAGGCAAACAGGUAUAUCGCGCCAACUGCACGGAUCGUCAGCAUCGUGACGAUCGGCAGAGACGACCUGACACCUGCCGAAAAGGAGCGCGAAAGCAUCAUGCUGGAGGUGUUACGGCGGACGCUUCGUUUCUUUGAGCAAGAUCUCGUCCGUAAGAUCUUUGAACGUCCCGCUCGUGGAUCCGUGCGAAGGGCCAGAGCGUCUAGCCGUCCCGUUGACCUCAAUGGUCGUCGUCUCAACGACUCGCAAGCCGCGGCAGUCAACCGCAUCAUCUCUGAGAACCCAAUUGACCAGGUUUGCCUCGUGCAUGGACCUCCCGGCACAGGCAAGACCACGGUCAUAGCUGCCUCGGUCCUCGAGUUGAUGAACCUCCCCAACAAGGACCGCGGCAUCUGGUUGAUCGCGCAGUCAAACGUCGCCGUAAAGAACAUUGCGGAGAAGCUUGCGGACGUCGGUUUCAUCGACUUCAAGGUCCUGGUUUCCAAAGACUUUCAUCUUGAAUGGCACGAGCACCUGUACGAGAUGAUCGAGCGCAACGUCAUACGCUCGGAUGACUUCGACAGCGACAUCGUCGGCAACGAGAGGCUGCUAUUAGGGUCCAAAGUCAUGUUAUGCACUCUCAGCAUGCUCUCGCAUCCACGCCUGGCUAGUGCAGGUUUCACUCGCAUGGUUCCCCUCAAGACUGUAAUCGUGGAUGAAGCCAGUCAGAUAGAGCUCAGCGACUACGUGCCAUUGUUGGGCCGCUACGGUGGCACCAUCAAGAAGCUAGUCUUCAUCGGAGACGACAAGCAGCACCGUAUGCCGACGCCGAUCGGCAGGUUCAUCUCGCAGCGUGUAUACGGCGGCCGUCUCAAGACGAUCCAUCCCGUUACCACUCGCAAAUCAUGUAUAAUGGUAGACGUCAACCACGGCGAGGAGGCGAAGUCAAAUAAUAGUUGGACGAAUGAAGCAGAGGCCCAUGCUGUUGUCGCGAUCGCGAGGAAGUUCCACAGCGAAGGGAAGUCAUACCGCGUAAUCACGCCGUACGACGCACAGCGCAACUUCCUUGAACGUGUGCUGGAAAAUGCGAACCUCCCUUGGGAGAACAAAUGCUUCAACGUCGACUCCUUCCAAGGUAAGACAGAAGCUAUCGGUUUCCUGUCCAACCUGCGGCGAACGAAUGUCAUGCUCUCGCGCUGCAAACAAGGCAUGAUCAUCUGCACGAGCCGCGCGUUCAUGGAAGGGAAAGCCAAGUCCUCUCUCGUGGGCAAGCUCGCGAAGGAAUGGGCGGAUGGAUGGGUCUCCUGGCGGGACGUGUUGCAGGGGGAGUUCUAG